AUGACAUCUUAAUAAUGCUGUAAAAAUUCAUUUACAUACAAAAAAAAUUUUCCCAUUCUUUCUCUCUCAUUCCUUUGUGUGCACAAUAAAGAUGAAGAUUAAGAUUAAACCAAAGAGAGUUUUAGACGCAUGGCUUUGAGCUUUGAGGGUUUGGUUUUCUCUUUCUCUUUCAUUUAUGCUUGUGCCUGAAUUCUCUCUUACGCAAUUUCAACUCUCUUUCUCUGUCAUUUUUCUUCCCUCCCAUUGAAGCUUAUUCAAUCAAAUCAGAUAAAAAAAGGGGUUCUAAUUGAUUUAAUCUGAACGGUUCGAGAUUUAAGGGUUUACCCUUCGUUCCCAGAAAGACUGAACUCUCUCAGGUUUGAGAACGACGAUCGAUUUUUCUUCCCUGCAAAUGCAUUUAUCAUUCUAGAUUUUGAUUGGGUUUAUAUGAAAUCGGACAAUUUGAUUAUUUGUAAAGUAUAAGAAUUUAAGGUAUCUUGGUGUUUGAGUUGUGACAUAGAUACAAUUACAUUGUUGGUUUUGAGUUAGGGUUUUUGGGGGACCUGAGACCAUUGCUUUUUUUGGUCUCUCUAUGCUUGCUAAGUUGUUUUGUGAAUUGGGUAUUUGAGCUUGAAGGGCGUAUGUACUUAGUUCCAUGUGCACUUACAGGUUAUAGGGUUUAGUUGCUUUGAGGUUCAAAGGAUUUUGGUAUUGGAGUCCUUUUUAGAUUUGAUUAGGAAUGACUCGUAGGGUGCGGCGCAAGGUGGCAAAGAAAGGGAAGGACGACGCUGUUUCACUAAGUUAUCUUGAAAUUGAAGUUGAGGAUUUAGGUCUUGAGAGAAAUGGCAAUGUUGAUUGGACAAGCUUGCCUGAUGAUACAGUGAUUCAAUUGUUUUCAUGUCUGAAUUAUCGAGAUAGGGCAAGCCUGUCGUCAACCUGUAAGACAUGGAGAGUUUUGGGUGCUUCUCAGUGUUUAUGGAGUUCAUUGGAUCUUCGUGCUCAUAAAUUUGACACCGCAACGGCUACAUCACUUGCUUCUAGGUGUAUGUAUCUUCAAAAGCUUAGGUUUCGUGGGGCAGAGUCUGCCGAUGCAAUAAUUCAUCUUCAAGCUAAGAAUUUGCGUGAAAUAAGCGGUGAUUACUGCAGGAAAAUAACUGAUGCUACUCUAUCUGUGAUUGUUGCCCGGCAUGAGGCUUUGGAAAGUCUUCAGCUCGGGCCAGACUUUUGUGAGAGGAUCACUGGUGAUGCAAUAAAAGCAAUAGCCCUUUGCUGUCCCAAAUUGAAAAAGCUCCGGUUGUCUGGAAUAAAGGAUGUUUAUGCUGAUGCAAUCAAUGCUUUGGCUAAGCACUGUCCAACUCUGGUUGACAUUGGGUUCCUUGAUUGCCUAAAUGUUGAUGAGGCAGCAUUGGAAAAUGUCUCAUCUGUUCGUUUCCUCUCUGUUGCUGGGACAUCAAAUAUGAAAUGGGAUGUGGUUUCGCAUCUCUGGCACAAGCUGCCUAAAUUGAUUGGGUUGGAUGUUUCUAGAACUGAUAUCGGAUCAGCUGCUAUUUCUAGAUUGUUAUCCUCAUCCUUGAGCUUGAAGGUUUUGUGUGCACUAAAUUGUCCGGUUCUUGAAGAGGAAACUAGCAUUAGCACCACCAAAACCAAUGGCAAAUUGUUGCUUGCCCUUUUUUCAGAUAUUUUUAGAGAACUAUCUUCUUUAUUUGCCGAAACUUCAAACAAAGGGAGGAAUAUGUUUUUGGAUUGGAGGUGCUCAAAGAACAAAGAUAAAAACUUGAAUGAGAUCAUGACUUGGCUUGAGUGGAUCUUAUCUCACACGCUUUUGCGUACUGCUGAGAGCAACCCACAAGGUCUUGAUAAUUUCUGGCUUAAGCAAGGGGCAGCAUUAUUGCUAAGCUUAAUGCAGAGCUCACAAGAGGAUGUUCAAGAAAGGGCAGCCACUGGACUAGCAACUUUUGUUGUUAUUGAUGAUGAAAAUGCAAGCAUAGAUCGUGGAAGGGCUGAAGCAGUUAUGCGAGAUGGUGGCAUCCGGCUUCUUCUGAACCUAGCAAAGUCUUGGCAUGAAGGACUUCAAUCGGAGGCUGCAAAGGCUCUAGCAAACUUGUCUGUCAAUGCCAAUGUCGCUAAAGCUGUAGCUGAAGAAGGAGGAAUUAAUAUCCUCGCCGCAUUGGCAAGGUCCAUGAACAGGCUGGUUGCUGAGGAGGCAGCUGGUGGGCUAUGGAACCUUUCUGUUGGGGAAGAGCACAAGGCUGCAAUAGCUGAAGCUGGUGGUGUCAAAGCUUUGGUCGAUCUUAUAUUCAAGUGGUCCUCUGGCGGUGAUGGAGUUCUUGAACGCGCAGCUGGCGCUUUGGCAAAUUUGGCAGCUGAUGAUAAAUGCAGUAUGGAAGUUGCCAUUGUAGGUGGUGUGCAUGCAUUGGUGAUGCUUGCUCGUAACUGCAAGUUUGAAGGAGUGCAAGAACAGGCUGCUCGUGCCUUAGCAAAUUUGGCUUCUCAUGGUGAUAGCAACAGUAACAAUGCUGCUGUAGGACAAGAGGUUGGUGCUCUUGAAGCGCUAGUUCAACUUACACGUUCUCCUCAUGAAGGUGUCAGGCAAGAAGCUGCUGGUGCAUUGUGGAACUUGUCCUUUGAUGACAGAAAUCGAGAAGCAAUUGCAGCAGCUGGUGGUGUUGAGGCAUUGGUUACUCUUGCCCAAUCCUGUUCAAAUGCUUCCCCAGGUCUUCAAGAGAGGGCAGCUGGUGCUCUUUGGGGAUUGUCAGUGUCAGAAGCCAAUAGCAUUGCUAUCGGACGAGAAGGAGGUGUUGCACCCCUGAUUGCACUUGCACGCUCUGACGCUGAAGAUGUUCAUGAAACUGCUGCAGGGGCUCUUUGGAACCUUGCUUUUAACCAUAGUAAUGCACUUCGGAUAGUGGAAGAAGGUGGGGUUCCUGCGCUUGUUCAUCUUUGUUCUUCAUCAUUAUCCAAGAUGGCACGCUUCAUGGCUGCAUUAGCACUGGCAUACAUGUUUGAUGGGAGCAGAAUCGAUGAAUUUGCACCAAUGAGUUCAUCAUCAGAAAGCACAUCAAAGAGUGUAAGCUUGGAUGGGGCUCGAAGAAUGGCUUUGAAGCAUAUUGAAGCUUUUAUUCGUACUUUCUCCAACCCACAAGCAUUUGCUGCGGCUGCUGCUUCAUCGGCUCCAGCAGCCUUGGCACAAGUGACCGAAAAAGCUCGUAUUCAAGAAGCAGGGCAUCUGAGAUGCAGUGGGGCUGAAAUAGGAAGAUUCGUCUCGAUGCUUCGAAAUUCUUCUUCAAUACUCAAGGCAUGUGCAGCAUUUGCUUUACUCCAGUUCACCAUUCCCGGUGGUCGACAUGCAGUGCACCAUGCUAGCCUUAUGCAGGGUGGUGGAGCAGCAAGGGUUCUGCGAGCAGCAGCUGCAGCAGCAACGUCCCCUAUCGAGGCCAAAAUCUUUGCGAGAAUUGUACUUAGAAACUUGGAGCAUCAUCACCAAGUAGAACCAUCCAUUUAAAUUCAGGAACCAACUUAAUUAUUAGUCAACUCAUGAGUUUCAUUAAUUUUAUAUGCCAUAAAUUACAUUUCUAAGGUCUUCUCUCUUUGUCUGUAACCUUUUGGAAUAUAAGAACUAUCAAAGUUCUUAUUUUUGUAGUUCAUCAUUUUUGUGUGUCUGUAUUCAUUGCAACAAUAUCUUUUAUAUAUAUAUGAACAUAAAUGUCUUUUGAGGGCUUAAAAUUGUUUCAGCUCCCUGUUGUGUCUGUAUUAGCUAUCUUGGAGAGUUAAUGACAGCUUCUUUUGCACUUC